AUGGGCAAGAAGCGUGUUUUGGUCAGCUACGGAGUAGAUAUCGACGCUGUAGCCGGAUGGCUGGGGUCAUAUGGCGGAGAGGACAGUUCCAAUGACAUCAGUCGAGGCCUCUUUGCCGGCCAUAUCGGCACAACGCGACUGCUGAAGCUAUUCGAGAAGUAUGGCAUCAAAGCGACAUGGUUCAUUCCCGGUCAUUCGCUUGAGACCUUCCCGGAAGAGUGCGCCAUGGUCCGCGAUCAGGGCCACGAGAUCGGUCUCCACGGAUAUAGCCACGAGAACCCAACCGACAUGACUAUCGAGCAACAGCGUGACAUCCUGGACAAGACCUACCAUAUGAUAUAUAAUUUCUGCGGCAAGCCGCCACGAGGCAUCGUUGCUCCAUGGUGGGAAACGAGCAAAGAAAUGGCUAAUCUGCUGCUUUCCUAUGGAAUCGAGUACGAUCAUUCCAUGUCUCAUCAUGAUUGCCAGAUAUACUGGCUGCGAACAGGCGACUCGUGGACUAAGAUCGACUAUAAGCAGAAGGCUGAGACGUGGAUGAAGCCCCUCGUCCGGGGCCAGGAUACAGGACUUGUCGAGAUCCCCGGAAAUUGGUACAUCGAUGACUUGCCGCCGAUGAUGUUCAUCAAAUCGGCACCGAACAGCCAUGGAUGGGUGAAUCCAAGAGACAUUGAGGACAUCUGGAAGGAUCACUUUGACUACUUCUACCGCGAGUACGACGAGUUUGUUUUCCCGAUGACCAUACAUCCCGAUGUGUCUGGACGUCCGCAUGUGCUCCUAAUGCAUGAGAGAAUCAUUGAGCAUAUCAACAAGCACGAAGGCGUAGAAUGGGUGACAUUCGAGCAAAUGUGCGACGAGUUCAAGAGCAAGAACAAGCCACCCGAGGGGGCAAGAAUGCCUGAAGCUCCCAUGCCUCUAAAGCAGGCUUGA